AGGCCAACCUCGGCCGCUCAGUCCGGCGUCGUCGGCGGCGGCCAAGUGCGAGUCGAGAAGCGCAGUUGCGGUGCGGUGCGGUGCGGUGUACCCUCAUUCCUGGUUCCUGGUCCCUUCUAUCCUCGUCAUCUCUCUGUUCUCCAUCAACGUCUGACCUCCUCAUCUCUCCGUCCACCGCGAUGCCACCUUGGCAGCAACAGUCUAUGCUCCACCACCUGCCCAGCUCAACGAGCGCAGGUGUGGCGGGCCUGCCCAUGCUCGCCGGCCUGCGAAGAGCUGAGCAGCGUAGCCUCGUGCGCCUCUUGUCGAGCAGCGCAGCAGCCGCUGUGGCUAGGCCGGCCAGCUCGUCGCCACAGACUCGUAAGAGAUGGACUGCUGCGGCGUCUGCCUCACCGAUGCAUCCUGGCGCCCUGAUUGCUCGUCGACUGCAUACGGAACAGCAGCAACAGCAGCAUAGCUCGAGUGAGGGGAUGCCACCCCCUUCAUCAUCUAGCGGCAAGGCCUCGUCCUCCUCGCCUUCCCCUCCAGUCUACCAAUCAGCCCGCCCCACACCCUCAUCAUCCUCCACCUCGUCACCACCGGCCACGUCGGACAUUACCCGCGUCACGCCCGUCUCCCUCACUCCAGGUGGAGAGCGUGGAGCAGCCCAUAACCAGGAGAGCGUGGCAUUGUCCCAGCUGGCGGAGAAGCAAGCUAUUGAAAAGGCAAAGCAGGAGGCUGAGGAGAAGAGGCUGAGAGAGAUGGGCGUCGUUAAGAGGGUGUGGGAGAAGGUGAAGUGAAGAGGAAGCCCAACACUACUGGCACGGCACCAAGUUGCUAGGCAAGGAGAUCCGCAUCAGUUCAAGACUGCUUCGCCGCCUCCUUCUCGGAUACAGCCUCACCCGCCGAGAGCAU